AUGAAUCGGAUCGUGUUAGAAUAAACCAUAAAGCAUCAGAUCGGAGACAGGUUCAUGAUUUGUUUUCAGAAGAAUGGAUAUACAAACACAUUUAGUUUGUCGUAAAUCGUCACGUUAGCUUCCGGUUGGACAUGCGCACAUACAAAUAUUAAGUUUCGCAGGGAGGUUGUAAUUCCACUCAUGCAAUAUAGAUGACCAAGAAUAGAUACAUCCAUUAACGUAAAAUUGACUUACGGUAUUGAUGCUUAUUUAAAAUGACGUCAUCGAAAGUAUUUAUCUCGGAACCCAGCAAACAGACAAACACUCGCUGUUUGAUAAUAACUUUCAUAAUUGGAAUUAUCGUGGCAUUUGUUAUCGGUAUUCUGAUUGGUCGAUUUGCAACAUGUCCCGAAGAUGAACCGGAAGAAGUUCCCGGCCAUGGUCUGUACCUACCAGACGUCUCAAAGCUGUUAGUUCACGAUGGCGAUCCUGGCAUUGGUGAUGAGAUGAUCAACAAUAUAAACACUGAAAAUAUCCGCCAAAAUCUAAGAAUGCUCACAGACAAACCGCACUUAGCUGGAACGGAAGGGAAUCAUGAGCUGGCAAGAAAACUCAAAGAACAUUGGGAAAAUGUUGGUCUAGACCAGACAACCUUGACGCCAUACAAUGUGAUGUUAUCUUACCCAAAUAUGAGUGAUCUCAAUUAUGUCGAAAUCAUUGAUGAAAAUAAUGACACAAUAUAUAAGUCUAAUUUGAGGGAACCGGCGCUGACUCCCGAGGAAAACAAAACUGGAAUUGUUCCGCCGUUUAAUGCAUACUCAGCUCCUGGUGAUAUUUAUGGUGACCUUGUGUAUGUGAACUAUGGAAGAGUUGAAGAUUUCGAGUAUUUAGAGAAAAAUAAAAGCAUCAAUGUAACAGGAAAGAUAGUGUUUGCCAGAUAUGGGAAAAUUUUCAGAGGCAAUAAGGUAAAAGAAGCAGAAAAGAGAGGAGCUAUUGGUAUAAUAUUAUUCUCUGACCCGGAUGACGUCACAGAUGGUAACAUUACGAAUGUUUAUCCCCAUGACUGGUGGCUACCUGAGUCUGGAACCCAGCGUGGAGUCAUUUAUUUUGGAAGCGGUGACCAUUUAACACCAGGUUAUCCGGCUACUGAAACUGCUUACCGCGAACUUCCAGACGACAUGCCUACCAUACCAUGUCAUCCUAUUGGAUAUGGAAUUGCUAUUCAUCUUAUGAGGGAACUUGUAGGAGAAGAAGUACCGGAGGACUGGCGUGGGGGUAUGAACGUCACUUACAGAUUUGGCAAUGGCUUCAAAGCACCGAAAUGGCGAGCACACAUCAAAGUGACCACCAGCAACAAAAAUGUAACCACAUAUAAUGCGAUAGGCAUUAUCAGGGGAAGUAUAGAACCAGACCGAUAUGUAAUAAUUGGAAACCAUAGAGAUGCGUGGGUGUUCGGGGCCCUUGAUCCAUCUAGUGGUACGGCGAUUAUGAUGGAAGUAUCGAGAGUUAUGGGACAGCUUGUUAAAUCAGGAAGAUGGCGACCUCGUCGGUCUAUCAUAUUUUGUAGCUGGGGUGCAGAGGAAUACGGACUGAUUGGCUCAACUGAAUGGGUGGAGCACUAUGUGAAGAAUCUUGGAGCAAGGGCAAUAGGAUACAUAAAUGUUGAUGUUGCAGUUUGGGGAAACCAUUCUUUAACAGCUGAAGGAACCCCUCCUCUAUAUAGUUCAUUGAUAAAAGCAACAAAGAAAGUCCAGAACCCGAACAGUGCUGAAAUUGCUGCUGGCCGUACGACUGUUUAUGAUACUUGGUAUCAUGUUUCUCCGUCACCAAAAUUUGAACGACCUAGGAUAACUCUUCCAGGUUCCGGAAGCGACUAUGCACCAUUCAGAGAUCGAUUGGGUCUCCCAGUUGUUGACGUACGAUUCACCCAUAGUCCAAAGUUGAAAGUGUCAAUUUACCCGAUGUAUCAUACAGCUUAUGAGACGUUUUAUCUUGUUGAUAAAAUCAUGGAUCGAGGCUUUAAGUACCACACAGCUAUUGGUCAGAUCCUGAGUGAACUGGCGAGAGAUUUGGCCGACAGCCUUAUAUUGCCAUUUAAUUUGUCCGACUACUCCGCUGUUAUGAAAGAUCUUGGCAGUACUCUGGUGACAAACUAUGGCAAACAGAUGAAUGAUAAUGGAUUGGAUACUUCCCUCCUGAAUGACGCAAUAGACAACUUUACAAAAGCUGUUGAUGAGUUUGAAGAUAGAAUGAAGACUGUGAACUUGAAAGAUCCGUUUGUUACACGUCGCAUCAAUGACCAGUUAAUGCAGUUGGACAGGGCAUUUUUAGACCCAGCAGGCCUUCCUGGGCGGCAAUUUAAAAGACAAAUUUUAUUUGCGGAAAGUUCUGCCGACGCGUAUUCUGGAAGUAGCUUUCCGGGUAUAGUGGACGCCUUAUCAGAAAUAAAUCUUGGGCGAGAUAUAGACAAACAAUGGAAGAUUGCACGUCAACAUUUUUCAGUGGUUCUAUUCACAAUACAGUCGGCCUCUUCGACACUUAUGGACGUUACAAAUUUCAUGUACUCUUACUGAUAAAAUCUUAUAUCAAACAAGUGUCACUCAACGAAUAUCUUAAUAAACCGCUUUUUAUACGUAAUGUAACCUCCCAGAACAACAAAAGUUGAUUCUUGGAUUAGCAAGAAGUCACAGAGGGCUUUUACACCUGUCUAAGAGUACAAAAAUAACAUUUAACCCUUUAAUAAAAUAUUUCAACUAUAUGAACAAUUAUUCUUCAUGGCAACUUAAAAAACAUUCGUUAAGAUUCUUCUGUCAACAACAUGAUAUAAAGCCAGAAUUUAUAUCAGUGCAAAAAAAAUAGUUAUUUAUCAUUUUUCUUUCCAUUCGAAAUGUAUGUCAUGGGAAGCGAGUGAUACUUGCACAUGACAGUAAAAUAUCAUAUCUUUAUUCACCUAAAGUUUAUGCCAUGGUAAGCAUGUGAUAUUUUCACAUAAUAGUUAUUAAAUUGCUCUCUUUCUGUCCAUCUGAAACUUACGUCAUGGGAAACGAGAAACAGUGGCACGUGCUGUCAAUUUACGUCAUGGGAAGCGAGUGACAAUGGCACAUGUUGUUAAUUUACGUCAUUGGAAGCGAGUGAAAGUUUUUCUAUCCAUAUCAAGUGUACGACAUAGUAAGCGAGUGAUAGUAAUGUUUAUCCUGUAUCAUACCUACUCUAGAGUUACCUUAUUCAAGGUAUUUUGAAGUGUAGCCUGUAUUUUCAUGAAGUGUGUCUUGUAUUUCCAUGAAGUGUAUAUUGUAAUUUCUUGUAUUUCCAUGAGUGUAGUAAAACAUAAUUAUUAUACUCAUUUGGAAAUGUUGUUUUUCUUUGUCCAAAUUGUUAUAGUUUAAAAGUAUUUUAUUCACUACAAGUACACAGAGAUAUAGA